AAAUGCUCUUUGUUUAGUAAUUUAAUUUAAAAGUACCCACUAUAGUUCUCUUGGUUGGUAAAUUUACCCGGGCUCCCAAAACCCCAAAGAUUGAGGUCCGGGCUCGAUUUAAACCAGCUUGGUUGUGUCUUAGAACUCUCAGGCCAAGCAGGACGAAUACAGAAUUGGGUCUACCGUCGUAGUAGAUGUUGGAUUGCUCUCGAAACCCAUCAACCUCAAACAAAUCGCGAGACCGUUGAACUCCGUGAAGCUAUGUCUAUUGAGCAUUUAAACAAACAGAUGCUGCGCAUCGCCAGCCCUACCACAAGGCCCACGGACACGAAGCUCAUGGCGUUCCACUCCACCGUCGUGAGUACCUGGCGGCGCCGCCAGUACCUCCCCACUCCGCCGUAUCUCUGUCUCUGUCUCUCUCUCUCUCCAAGCCGGUGGCGAUGGAGGCGGAGUUCGCCGAAGGUCUGGGCGGCGGCCGGAGGUUCAGGAAAGGACGCGAAGUUCGUCGUACCCGUGGAACUGGGCACCGACCACCGACCGCUCCCAUGGCGUGGCUGAUCAAGCGUUUCGCAGUCAGAUAGGCCUCGAGUGCGGAUGUCCGCAUACAUCUUUCUGUACUGAACACUGUAUGCGGAAUUUUCAUAUAAUUUGUAUGCUGAUUUCAUUUCGCUUACAAAUUUUUAGGCGCUGCAGGUGUCCGCGUAUAUUUGUUAUGCGAUCAUUGCCGCAUAAUAGUCUUAUGCGUCUAUACGUACAUUAUAUUGAUGCUUUAGUUUUUGAAUAGAAAUGCGUUAAAAUCCGGUUUUCCAGUUUCCACCCUCAAGAAAGCGCCUCUUGGUAUGUGGAUAUUUUUCGAUCUCAUCGUUCUCCCGCUUCCGUUCCCUUUCUUCCUCUCCCCCUUUCAUUCUUGCCAUGGAGGCCCUUGCUCCAUCUAGCUUGCUCGCGAUCUCUCACGCCUCAACUCGCCCUUUGCGCGGCUCUCCAGCGAGGAUCUGCGCCGCGCGCGGCCUCACCGGCUUCCACCGCGGGCGGCCGCCGCUUCGUCUCCGAGUGUCGACGGCUUCGGAUUCGAUCGGCCAUCUCGAUUCGCAGCGGGACUCGGAUCCCGUUGAGGUGAUUGGAAUUGGGAGCAGGAAGGACGCCGUCAUCGAUUUCUGUCUGAGUUCUCCCUCUGUCUCCUCCUCUCGCCUCCGAUUCUGGACUAUUCAUAUGAGAGAUAAUCUCAAGGUGCAAUUACUACAAAGAUGUCAUGGAACAGAUAUGAUUCUCAGAAACGUGGAAUUUCCACCAUCACUGCAUCCAUGUCCCCCAGCUGUCAUUCUUGUGGCCACUGCAGGACAUGGUUUGGAUCAUAUUACAGCAAUAGAACUUCUACAUGCUGUUAAAUUAGCAGGUGGAUUAACUGUUGCUAUUAUUUUGAAGCCCUUCAAUUUUGAGGGACAAAGACGGCAAGAGGAGGUAUUUGAAUUGAUAAACAAACUUCAAGAGUUCUCACACUUUCAAAUUGUGGUGGAAGCAGAUUCUUUACUUGAAAAAGAAAUUCAAACUCUCGCCGAAGCUUUAGAACGUGCAAAUAAUGCUGUCUUCCUGGCCAUAAGUGCAAUAUCUAAUCUAAUGUCUGAAACACAUCUGAAGUUUCGAAAUUCACCAGAUGGAGAAAUCAAGGAAGUCAAACCACUGGAAGUUGUAAAACUUCUAGAAAGCUAUGGAGAAGCUAAAGUUGGUUUUGGAGCUGGUUACAACAUUAAAUCAGCAAUUACUCAGGCUGUCUUCCAUUGUCCUUUCCUUAAUGGUGGUCCAAAGGACCUGAAUGGCCCGGUUAUCUUCACCCUUGCAAGUGGUUCUGCCCUGGAUGAAAGCGAUUUGCUUUCCAUUGUCCUUACCUUUCGUCAGAUAACAGAAUGCAAAAGAGAGAUCAUAUUUUCAAGAAUUCACGAACCUAGUAUGGAGCCAAAUCUAUUUCUCAUAACACUUCUGAUUGUGGGCUGCAAUCAGAAAAUUGUUUCUCAGAAGAGGAGUUUUUUGUCAAGCCUGGCUCUGCGCAUUCCCUUUCUCUCAUCUCUUUUGGGAAGAGAUAUUCCAGAACUGGUUGAAAACCUACCAGUUCAUUCUCGUAACCCAGCAGCAGAUGUCUUCAUCUCGCCAGAUAUGGCAACCAUGUCAAACUUGGAUUUAUCCAAUGGUUCUCUCGAUACAUUUUCUGAAGAAAUAGAAACCGAACUAUCCAGCAAAGAUUCAAAUAGUGAACGUCUAAGAGAUGGAGUUGAAUCAUUGGAGUCCAGCAAUGAAUCGAUCUAUGAAAAUGGUAACCAAAUAAAUGAAGAUAUUCGAAGGAAGCAACCUAAUAGCUGGAAUAUUGGUCCAGCAUUCCACAUGGCACAGCUAUGGGCUAGACAGAGGGCUGUUUUAAUUGGAACUAACAAAAUUGAUGAACCGGAUACUCUCACUCUUCCUGUUGGUGUAAAGUCAUUUGAGCAGUGUUCUGCUUGUUCCUCGGACUUUGCACUAUCAGAAACUUUGCAUGAUCAUGGCACAGGUGGAGACUUCUUGGGUGCCCAAAAUGCCCAAUCCAGGGAUGCUUUUGCUGAUGCAGGUUUGGAGGCAGUAUUUGAUAUUUAUAAUUCUGUAUUGACACUACUAAAGGGGAGAAACAGGGAUGAGUCCAGAAAGCGAGGAUUGCUUUCUGCACGUGCAGCAUCAAUGCUGGAGGCAGAAAGGGAACCGCAAAAAAGUUUUGCUCCUGUUAUGGAAAUUCAGUACAGGGGAGGAAUUUAUAGAGGGCGAGGCCAAGGAGGUCUUCCUGAAGGAAAGGGUCGUCUAACCUUCGCGGAUGGAAGCUUCUAUGAUGGCAUAUGGCGGUAUGGCAAGAGAUGUGGUCUGGGUACAUUAUGCUACAGUAAUGGAGAUGUAUUCCAAGGAGCAUGGAGGGAUGAUCUUAUGCAUGGGAAGGGUUGGUUCUAUUUUCAUACUGGAGACCGUUGGUUUGCGAACUUUUGGAAGGGCAAGGCAAAUGGAGAGGGAAGAUUUUAUUCAAGAAAUGGUAGCAUCUUUUUUGGCCAUUUUAAAAAUGGCUGGCGUCAUGGCCAAUGCCUAUAUAUAGAUAUUGAUGGAUCAAGGUGGACUGAGAUGUGGGAUGAAGGUGUGCUUGUUAGCAGGACUCUGCUGGAAAAGGAAGCUUCUGGGCAAUAGAGCAUUUCAAACAGGAAGGUGUGCUUGCACUCACAGCUUUUGGAUGAAGGGUCUGAUUCGUCUGCAGAAUACUUUCUACAGCAUUUUUGGAUUCACUAGUCUUGAGAUGAAGUUUGCUGCGGUUCAACAUACUAUGCAGGACUGGUAUGCAGACCAGAUCUGACAUGGAGUUGGAAGUCCUGGGUCGGAGCAACUGGUGUCUAUUAACAGGAAAAAUACUGCUUUUGCAAUAUAAUAAAUAUUUGUAUACAGCUUGAAAAAGAAAGAUUGUAUCAUAAACAGUAGCCAGAAAUUCUUCUUUUCUUAUCCACACAAUAACCUAAUACAGUUGUUUUUUAAUGUUUGACUCAUAAAACAAUUAACCAAUGCAUGUGAGGAUCCAUCAGAUCUUGAUAUGAAAAUCAUUUGUAAUGUA